AUGGAAGACAUUUUAGAUGAUGCUUUUUUUAGCAUUGAUCAAAUGCUAAAUGAUGAAGGCAACAUGGCAGACAGUGAUUCAAGCAAUGAAGGAACUCACAACAAUGUAUCACAUGAAGAAGCAACAUAUCCCACAAGCAGGAAACAACUGACUAUUUCCCAGAAAGAAAUUGUUGACAUUUUUCUACUCAAGCUGGAAAAUGGGGAAGUGCCUAGGGGUUUUUUAACACAGCAAGCAGUCAAGUUCAAUGUACACAGGUCAACAAUUCAGAGGUUAUUCAAGGACAUUAAGUGCCAAAUGGCAGUGGGGAAUGUGAUAGAUGUCAGAAGCAAGAAGAUUGGCAAAACUGGUCCCAAACCAACAGAGUACACAGAUGAAUUUCUGCAAUCAGCCCCUUUGUACAAGAGAACAACUGAGAAAAGCUAUGAAGCUGCUCUAAAAAUCUCACAUGUCACCAUUCACAAAUUAAAGAAAAAAAGGAGGCUCAGAACACAUACAAGCACAAACCACCCAGCACUGACAUCAAAUCACAAGAUAGCAAGAAUAAGAUGGGUUUUAAGUCACUUGCUUCCUUUUGAACAGAAUGGUUCCCCCAAGUUUGAGGAUAUGCAGCAAGUCAUACACAUAGAUGAAAAGUGGUUCUACUUGAACCUAGAAACAAGGAGUAUCUAUCUACUGCCAAAUGAACCAAAUCCAUAUAGGUGCCAACAGUCAAAGCGAUUCAAGGUCAAAGGCAUGUUCAUGGCAGUAAUUGGCAAGCCAAUUUUUGACACUCAUGGAGUAGUGGUACAUGAUGGAAAGUAUGGAAUAUUUCCAUUUGUUUAUGAGAGCAUUGCAAAGAAAAAAAGCAAAAACAGAGAUGCUGGAGCUGUGAAAAUUAAGGCAACACAGAAUGACAUAAGGAUUCAGUGGGAUAAUGCUAGACCUCAUCAAGUUCCCAAAGAUGAGGAAUUCAUUGUUGUAUGUCAGUCAGAUGGUUUCCAAAUACAGUUCAUUUAUCAGCCAGCACAGUUACUAGACUUAAAUGUCCUAGAUCUUGGCCUAUUCAAUGUGAUACAGCCUACAAUACCAGUCAUUCCCUAA